CCAAUCAGCGCGCCGAAAGCCGGACAGCGGCUUCCACUGUGCCAGCUGAGCUGCAGGUCAGAGACCGAGAGGCUUCGGGAGUUUUCAGAUCCACGAAGUGAGGAAAAGUUUGAACCAGCGGACCUGUCAGCAGCAGAAACGGCACUAGCGGCUCAGUGUUCAGUGUGUCCAAGCCUGUUUGGAGCUUCUUCUGCGGGUGAGAGGCUGUACAAUCCUCGGCAGUGUUCUGAGACUGUACGGCCCCGAAACCCCCACCUUUCUCCAGCCUGGACCAACACUUCAGCGUGAUUUAAUGGACUAAACAUAAGUUCUCAGGUCUAAUGCCACGAUUUGUCAGACCUCUGACCUGAGAGCAUUUUUUACUUGCUUUGACUCUGAUAUCGGACUUAACUUAGACAGUUGGGGAAUUACAAUAAGAGAAGGAAUGACGGCCGAAAAGGAGAAAAAGAGGAGCAGCUCAGAGCGCCGUAAGGAGAAGUCUCGGGAUGCAGCUCGCUGCAGGCGCAGCAAAGAGACAGAGGUUUUCUAUGACCUUGCUCACCAGCUGCCUUUACCCCACAGCGUCAGUGCUCACCUGGACAAGGCCUCCAUCAUGAGGCUGGCUAUAAGCUUCCUGCGCACACGCAAGCUGAUCGCCACAGGCAGCAGCAGCAGCAGCAGUGGUGACAGCGAUGGGGAUGAACAGAUGGACAGCAUGUACCUGAAGUCACUGGAGGGCUUUGUCACUGUGGUGACAUCAGAUGGCGACAUGAUAUUCCUGUCCGAGAACAUCAACAAAUUCAUGGGGCUAACACAGGUGGACCUUACAGGUCACAGCAUCUUUGACUUCACCCAUCCAUGUGACCACGAGGAGAUCAGAGAAAAUCUCAGCCUAAAGACAGCCGGCAGUGGCUUUGGUAAAAAAGGCAAAGACAUGAGCACUGAACGGGAUUUCUUCAUGAGGAUGAAAUGCACAGUGACCAACAGAGGACGCACUGUCAACCUCAAAUCAGCCAGCUGGAAGGUGCUGCACUGCACCGGACACCUGAAGAUGUACAACAGCUGCCCUCCACGAGGGCUGUGUGGCUUCAAGGAGCCCCCGCUCACCUGCGCUGUCUUGAUGUGUGAACCAAUCCCACACCCGUCUAACAUCGACACACCGCUGGACAGCAAGACCUUCCUGAGCAGACACAGCAUGGAUAUGAAGUUCACCUAUUGUGAUGAGAGGGUUACAGAGUUGAUGGGAUACACCCCUGAGGAUCUGCUGGGUCGUUCCGUUUAUGACUUCUACCACGCCCUGGACUCGGACAGUGUCACCAAGAGCCACCACAACUUGUGCACCAAGGGUCAGGCAGUGAGCAGUCAGUAUCGUAUGCUGGCUAAAAAUGGCGGCUACGUCUGGGUGGAAACACAGGGAACUGUUAUUUAUAACAGCCGCAACUCCCAGCCACAGUGCAUCGUGUGUGUAAACUAUGUCCUCAGUGACAUUGAGGAGAAGGCUAUGAUUUUCUCCUUGGAGCAGACAGAGUCCCUGUUCAAGCCACGCCACAUGAGCAGCUUCUUCUCUGCUGGAGGAGCAGGUGUGACCGCAGAGCUGGGAGACGCACUCUUCACCAAACUCAAGGAGGAGCCGGAGGACCUAGCUCAGCUGGCUCCGACACCUGGGGACACAAUCGUUGCUCUCGACUUCUGUGGCACCAAGCAACCAGCAGGAUUCAUCCCAGUGUCUGCUGCAGCCAUGCCCCCUCCCGGACCACCGCCCUGGGCCAGCGAGAGCCACCAGCCCGCCCCUCCUGUGUCAUGCCAAACCACUGCGUCAGUUCAAAGAGACAUGGCUAACAUGGCCAAUACUUUCACUGUACAGCAGAAUCCACCAGGCAGCGCUACUCCCAGCCUCAGCAGCUGCUCCACGCCCAGCAGCCCAGGUGAUUACUACAGCACAGUGGAGAGUGACCUGAAGGUGGAACUGACUGAGAAGCUAUUUGCACUUGACACUGAUUGCAGCGGCAGUCCUGAAAACACUGAGAGGGACUUGAGUGACCUAGAUCUCGAGACUUUGGCUCCAUACAUCCCAAUGGACGGUGAGGACUUCCAGCUUAAUCCCAUCAUCCCAGAGCCGGAGCCCCUGGAUGCUGGUCCUGCAGGAUCCAUGGGGAGCCACAGCAGCCUGGGCAAAACACACCAGGGGACUCAUCAGAGCUUCAACAACAUUGCCAGCCUCUUCCAGCCCUUGUCCUCCCCUUCCCAGGCCCAAGGCCACUACCAGCACCAGUCUACUGCAUCCUGGCCUACAGGGGAGAAGAGAGGCUCUAGCCAGGGAACCAUGGACCCCAGUAUACUGUCUUAUAUGAUGGGGCACAUGAAGCAACCAGCCAGCACCCCUCUUUCCUCUAUGGGGGGCAGGCAGAACCUGCAGUGGCCACCGGACCCUCUGAUAACAUACCAACAGCAACAACAAACAUGUGCCAACAAGCCCUACCUGAUGGAGUCUCUGUCAGGAGAAGAGCGACUGUCCUGCCAACAGAACACACCACCCAUGAUGCAGAAACAGAGGUCCAUGGACAAUUUUGUACAAGCCUAUAAAGACAUGAGUCCAGCCAGAGUGGCCAUGGCUAACAGUAUCAAGCGCUCCUUCAAUCAGAUGGUUGUGGGCGAAAAUAAACUGUCAGACAUCAUGUGGAAGAAGAUGCGGGGUGACAGUUUUGCCACUAUGGAUCGCUCCCUCAGUGCAGGAUCUUUAGCAGAUUCAAGCAUGGGGAGGAUGAUGCCAGGCAAUAUGUCUUCAUGUCUGCAGCAACACAGGAAGUCCCAGUAUCCUGGGAUUGGGAUAGGUGGUGCAAAUGAGAAACACUUUCCCCAAAAGAGCUGCAACUACUCACAGUGUAACAUGCUGCCAUCUAACAAGGCUGAAGGUGUUGCCAGUCGUUUGUUGGGCCCUUCCUUCGAGCCCACCUACCUGCCCGAGUUGACCCGUUAUGACUGCGAGGUUAACGUCCCUCUGCAGGGCACCCUGCACCUCCUCCAGGGCUGUGACCUGCUGAGAGCUCUGGACCAGGCCACCUAGAGCCCCCUUGUCCAAAACCCGUCUGCAGCCCCAGACUUAAGCCUUUCUUUACAUUAAUACCUCUAGGUCCUUCAAGCGCCAUGAGUCUUUGCUACAUCUGGGGAAUGGUAUUCAUGGCCACAUCCUGCCUCAUUUUGCUUAUUUGGCUCAGCCUCACAAUCUGUUCCCUGUUUCUUUAUAGCUUUGUACAUAGGCCACCUUAACAAGCUGAUAUAUCAGGGUUAAGCCACUUAUACCCCUCAUUAAGUAAGCUUUGGACCCAAAUCAGAGGCAGUUUGAGUGUACAGACAUUUCCUUACAUUGAGCCACAUAGAUUACACAUGUAUUGAAACAUUGGUUAUGCAGCAUAAAAAGAGGAACACAUGAAAAAUAACUAUGUGCAAAUGUUGUAACACUUAAUCUGCCCUGUGUUUGAAGCUGACAUUGGGUGUUUGGUGUUAAAGAGGUAUAAUUGCAGUGAGAUUUAAACACAUAACCUGCCUUAAAGGUAGGCUCUGCCAAAACUUCUGCAGCCAUACACAUAUACAGGCCAGAGCCAGGCUACCCUGAACCCGUGUCUUACCCCGACCUGGUCUCUGUUACAGACUUACCAUAUUUUCUCUAUGCAGCUCUAUUCAGCCCAACAAACCUUCUCUUUUACAGCUAGCUCUUUAAGCUCAGAAGAGAAACUAUUAUACUACCUACAUGUUAAAGAAAGCACUGCGAUUUACUUUGUGACUAGCAUUUAGAUCUAGUCCAGUUUUUAGUUCCAGUCAAAGCCUUGAACAACAGUUCAGUAACAUUGACCUUGUAACCUCUCAUUGUUUUGGUGAAAUCUCCCUAAACAAAUAAGCUAGUAUAGCAUAUGCAAGUUUAGCCAUUACAUUCACUUCUGCCUGUCAAGAUAAAGAAUGUUCUUCUAUUUUUAUUGCAUUGUUCAGGGUGCUUCUCCCCUCCUUUAAAUACUUUUUAAAGUAAAUGUAGUUUCCCAACAAAACUAAGAAUCAAAAAUGGAUACAGCCAAUAAGCACGGUCAGAAUCAUUAUAACACCCAACUCUGCUUAUAUGCAGACUCUUUACCUGAAUCCAUCCCACCUGAGUCAGUGUGGGUCAACAUUAAUGCCAUAUGCAUUGUAGUGUAUUGUUCAGAUAUUAUAGUAGUUUAUUUUUCUGUCACUGACCUGAAAUAUUUUAGCUUUAUAUUAGAUCUCCUCAUGUUAUUUAAUCCAAGCUUACGGGACACUUUACCUUAUUGAUACUGCUUCCUUUCCCCUCUUUUAUUUUGUUUGUAUGUUUAUAGUCCACCUUCCAGAAUCUUAUUUUUCGUGUCUAACUCAAAGACACACUAAUAAAUAUAUAUUGCAAUACAUGUACUCUACUGUAAGUUGAAAAUACCUGUACUUUCUUCUGUUUUUCUAUCUUCUUAAAUCUGUCAGUCAGGUAAAUAGCUCAUGUGACUACAGGGUCUUUCUUAUUGUGCAAUUAUUUUAUUGAGCUUGAGCUUCUAUACUCAGCAGCAGAGCUAGCUGUAAUCAUCAAACUCAUUUCUUGUACAUAGAAUUUACUUGCACACACUACAAAAGUUUAUGUGAUUACAUGUUAUAGGCUUACACUUCUCACAACACAGUAAUGCAGUGGUGUGCACAUACCGUCUGAGCCCAGGGCAAGGGUGGCGGGGGGGGGGGCUCUCUUGCAGCAAUUCAUGAUUGAUUUGUGGUGCAGAAUGUUGAGAAUUUUUUGUAAUGCCAGACGAAGGACAAAGACACAUAUUUAACAAGCAAGCCACUAAAUGGCACCAUGUUGUUAUACCUACAAUUUUUGUUCCAGAUAGAUGCUUGGAACAUUUGAAUUCAUUGCGAAAUGGUCACAGUUUAUAGGUUAUAUCUCAGAUGUUAUUGAGUCAUGUUGCGCACGUAACUUAAGUCAGCGAUAACUUAGGGUUUUUAUUGUGUUUUUUGACUCAUUCAUUGUCCUCGAAAGCAGAAAACAAAUUCCUAGCUCUUUAUCUACAGUUUGCUGCUUCUCCUGUAAUAACUGUUAAACCAAUGAAAAGCUGCCUAAUUUUAAACUUAUUGUGCCAAGUCGUAGCAGAAGGACCUAUACUUUUUUUUUGUCCUGUCCAAAUAAAAGAGGACAGCAUACAGUAUGCUGUACAAAAGCAAAAGUAGGGGUGGAUUUUUUCAUCACUCUACCAGCAAAUUUGGCAAAGCCAUCUACUUUCCUAUAACAAUAACAAUUACAUGUUAAUUUAGGAAUUGGUUGCAAACGGACGGCUAUACCAUAUUAACACAGUUUGCUGAAUGGUUGCUUUGUAAAGUAUGAUAGAUUUUUAGUUAUAAGCACACGCUUGCAAAGGACAUUUUGGCCAAUUACAGGGGCUUUUUAGAUGUGCAAUAGGAGGUAUAAAAAGAGUAUAUAAGAGUUUCACUGAAGUAGUCGUGCUUAUCAGAACCAAAGACAAGAGGUGAAAUUGGGCAGGCGUAGUUACCCUUGACGGCCCAUUUGGUGUGAUAUUAGGGCAAAAUUGUAUAAUGAUAACACUGAAGCUUUUUGAACCAGAAAAGCAAUGAUGGUAGCUCUCCCCUCACCCUGUAUUGCACACCACAGCACAAACCUGAUAGUAAAGCACUCAUCUACUGAUUCAUUUAGAUGUACAUAGCAGCAGCAGUAGCAGCAGCAUUAGCCUUAGUUUCAGUGCAGCACAGCAGUCUGAGAAGUAACUUGAAGGUGAAUCGUAUGUAUUAUUUUCAAGAUUAGGACAUAGCCAGUUUUUGUUAUAAUUAGAUGUGCAGUGGCUGCCAAUAUUAAAAAGCUUUGAUGGGAAUAUUAUUAGUCAAAUUAAUACACAAUGGGCAAAGAGUAAGGGUGUGAUUUUUUUCAACCUAGAAACUGUAUUUUCACCCAAAUGAUGUCAGUAAUGUAAUCAACAGAGUACCUUUAGUGAAAACACAUUCUCACAGUUUUGCUUUGUUCUCUUCUUUCCUGUGUUCAACUUAUUUUUCUUAUUCUCACUCUGUUUUUUGAGGUUAUUGUCUUUGUGUGGUGACCACUUUUCUGUAUCAAUUAUAGUACUUUGUACACAUAUGAGUUACGUAUUUAAAAAGACAAAACUACAGUUUCAAAUAAUGUUUUUAGUGUUUAUGCGUCCUGGUACUUUGUCUUUAUCUAUCUCCCUUAUAGAUGCAGAUGGAUCAGAUCCCUCGCUGUGCUGUUUUCUCUUGAGCUGUUUCUGUGUUGUGGCAUUUUAGUUUUAGUUUUUUUUUCCCUCAAGAGUUUUAUUCUUAUUAUCUUAACCCUAAAAUCUCUAAAGAGUCUGUUUGAUGAUUGUUUUUAUUCUUGCUUUAAGGAGAUGAAACAAAAAGUUUAAGAAUUAAAGAGUUCAAUUUAAAGAUAAAUAUCAGUUUUCUAAGUUUCACUUGUCAGAUAUGUAGCAUUUUGUUGAAGAAGGUGGAGUUGCCACAUCAUUAAUCACAAAGUUUUCAGUUGCCUUUGUAAAAGCAAUGGUGCUUUAUGUGUCGUUUUUUAGAAAGUGUAUUACAUCUCUUGGAUCCACUAACACUAUAUUUUGAUAUUCUCUGCUUUAUGUCAUGCUGAAAUUAUCUUUAAAGUUCAUUUCAAUACAAACAAUGUGCCUUAUCAUGCCUUCAUGGUUGUUUCUCCUCGCUCAAGUUGACCCUUCAAGUGCACAGCUAGUGCCCUUUAAACCCAUAGAUGACUUCCUUCAACUCUUGGGGCUAUUAUUAAAUGAAAUCCUAAUUUGACAUUGUAUUUUAUCCAACUUAAGUAAAAACUUAUAUAAGUAAAACACCUUAAUAUGGAAAAGAAUGCAUCGAAAUCUCUCUUUCAUUUUUUAUCUUAAUGCCUCAACUUCUUCUACCAGCAGGGGGGUGUCCAGAGGAGUAGCCAAUAGUGGCAUGGGCCAAAUCUGAUUAACCAUCUUAAGUACCAUCUGUCCUCAACUAUGAUUAAUUAAUUGCUUUGUCAAUAGCAGUACUUAUGUGUGUGUGUGCACAUAUAUAUCAGUCCACCACUGCUAAAUUUGGUCCCUGGAUCGGGACACCCCAGUCAAAAAGUCAGUUUUUUUUUUGUUUCUUUUUUUUAUUAAUGUAAUUGUACAACGUACUUAAAUAUAUACAGUAUUUGGUAAUAACUACAAUUACAUCCAAAACUGGAGUUACAAUGUCAAAGUUGGGCUGAUUUCCAUAAUAACCUUCAAGUGCUCUUGGUCAACAGCUCCCCAUAGCCUCAUCUGAUACAUUUAUUUAGAUCCUAAAAGAACAGCAGCGUAGUGAAGGACCUCAGAUUAAAGUAGAAUCCUAUUAGACCCCGUUGUAGAUAUCCUGGUGAUGAAUCAACGUUUGUUCAAAGGUAUUGAAGGAAAUGGGUUCCCCAGCUCAUCAAACGACCUGACAGUCCGUUUGUAGAUGAAGCUGCUUGUGGGUUUUUUAGGUCUAGUUGAAAAAUAUUUGACUUUACUGUAAAAGUUCUACUGAGAGGGUCAUUAUUCAGAGGGGGCUAUAUUGUUUCACAUUAAAAAGGUGUCGGGAUUUGAAACUAAAAUCGCCUGACUUUCAUGUUGAAAAUUUGGGGCUGAACAUGCUGCAGUUUGGUUAAAGAAGGGCUAGGUGGCAUCUCCAGGUGUCAUCAGGGUAUUGAGUUGUGCUGAAGAUUUUAAGUGAAGACAAUAAAAGUUUUAUUUUUUCACUUGUGUAUAUAUAUAUAUAUAUCGUUUGAUCAUCCAAACCUUGAGAUUGAAACUCCAAAUUUUUCUUAUCCACUAAGAUGAGAAGUAAAUCCACAGUUCAGAGACAAUACAAUAUCUAAAGGACAGCUCUGAAAGUGAAAGACAAUGUGAAGUAGAGAGGACCCAUGUAAAGCUGUCUUACAGUGUUGCUACAUUUCUGUAGAAAUGUGAGCGGAAAAAAAUAGGAAAAUUAUCAGUGCAAGUUCAUAUAUGGAAAAAAAAAAAACAACCACAGUUUUUAGAAUACAUUUUGGUCAUAAACAAGCCACACUAGACAUGUGAUGUUCUAAAACGCAAAAGAUGACUCUUAUCCUGGGAGGGGGUGUGGGCAGUAAAAUGCUGUAGAAGACAGGAAUAGAAAUGAAGUUGAGUUGAGUGACACAUAAAGAGAGAUACAUCCUGCUCAGCCUGCCCACUGACGCAAAUCUCUCAACUCCUCCACUCGACAGAUCUCUCAAAUGCUUCUGCUCUCACUACCCCUCAUUCUUUACUGCUUUUCAAGACUCUGAAGCCCAGUUUGUUUGCUAUCCUGAUAUUUCAGCAAUUACUUCAGACAAAAGGCACUAUCAAUCAGAGCGUGAAUCAAAAGUUAUCACUUUUUUAUUCGGAAAAGCUUAAAAUUGGUCAUUUACUAUUUAAGGAUCAUGUUAGAUAUUUAAGACUUCAUAAAGUUGGGUAUUUACAGAAGUUUAUAGAAAGCCACCUUGCAGCAUGUUUAAAGCCAGUUUUUAAACCAAUACAAUCAGCAUUAUUGCAUAUUUAUGGAGUCAUAUAGAACUAUUCUUAAACAGGCCAGUUCUUUUUAAUGUUUUGGUAAGCAGAUAGGCUUUUAUGACUGUUAAAUGUUUUGAAAUAUGAAAGGCAAAAAGCACCUCAGAUGGACUUUUUAGCAAAUGAUGAGAUUUAACAAAAUUGUCUAAAUGUAUGUGUAUAGAGUGGGCUAGUUGGAAGUUGAUUUUAAAAUACAAAUUAUGGCAGAGAGGAAGUCCCGCCCCUAUUUAAAUGUAGCUGCUGCUCAGUUUUAAAUUAUGUUUGAUGUUGCCUAUUUUCUUAGCAAUAGUAAUUCAAACCCAAACAGAGAGUCCGAGUUAACAUUUAACACUGCACUGUUGUAAGUCUAAAAGCUUUUCAGGAGAGGUAGUUUAUCUACAAAUAUGGAUCAUGAUUACCAGGAACAGGUGUUUGUUCAGGGAGAGAAUAAUGGCAACUUUUUGUAAGAAAACGUAGCAGGGAAGCUAUAUUAAAAGGGGGUGUGGCUUCUGCUCUUUGCUUUAACUCUAGAAGGCCCAUCACCAGUCCUAGUACAAAACAUACAACAUACUGUGCUUCUUGAAGGGUUUCCCCAAAAGUGAUGAACCAUAUUAUGAGUUUAUACACAUAAUCAUUGCUCUUCUUCUUUAAAGACAAUGUCAGCAUGCUGUUUUGUGUCUUUUGUAACAACAGGGUUUUUUCUUUUCCUUAUGAUCCAUGAUCAGAUGUUUGUUUCUGUUUUUGUCCAUGUCAUACAGUACAGUUAUCAGUUGAUUCUGUAUUUUUUAAUAUGCUCAAAAUCCAUAUUGCUCUUGUUAUUAUCAUACAUUGUUAUCAUUGUUAUAACUAUAAGGGGACUCUGACCCUAUAAGAAGUUUGUGUUUCUGCACUGAUAUCUUAAUAAUAAAGUAUACUGAUCUUA